AUGCACCGUGAGCUGUUGGAUGUCCUCAGGAGACGCCUUCAUCGAUCACAGGCCAGGUACAGGAUUUCUGUCAUGGAAUUCUUCAACAAGCUGCCUCCUGUUGCCAUGGAUGGCAAUACGUGCGUUAGUGCCGGUGCCAUUGUAUGCAAACUUGAUAUACACAGAAAAGUCGUUAAAAGAGGAUACAUCGCUAUGCUCGCUGUCGACGAGAACUACAGAAAAUGGAAAAUAGGGUCAAAUUUGGUGCUCAAAGCGAUUCGUGCAAUGGUAGCAGAUUAUGCUGACGAGAUAACAAAUCAACCAGCACUUCGUCUGUACGAGAAUUUAGGCUUUGUAAGAGAUAAACGAUUGUUCAGGUAUUACCUGAAUGGGGUUGAUGCACUACGACUGAAACUGUGGUUGAGGUGAAAAAAAUCACUACUAAAUCAACUCCUGCAGGUUGGAACUAGAGAAAAAUUCAUGAG